CAGAUUCAGCAUUAGUGUUGGCAGGUGCGCCUUUAAAUGCGAGUGCUGUAAAUAUAAACAAACCGUUGCAGAUGUUAGCCAACAAUUAAACGAAGAAUUACAAAGUAUUAAUUAAAAAUGAUACCACUGCGCUUCAGCCUACGGCUGUGCGGCGUCAGAAACCUGCCAAGUAUGACCGCAGCAUGCUAUCAAAGCACCAAGGCGCAGCGUGCCGAGCAAGCGGAACGCAUGAGUCGCUAUAGCACCGAAUUCCCAGAGAAGCUGCUGGCCAAGAAGCAAAAGAGCGCCGCACAAAUGUAUGUAGCGGAUGCGCAAGCAGCCCAACAAAUCAAUAGUUACCUGGAGCCACAUCUAGCCCAGUCAACAUGCGAUACUGUUGUCGAACUCAAUCCUGGGCCGUGCCACUUGACGCGCCAUUUGCUGGAUCGUGAGGCGCAGUUUCGCAAGAUUGUUUUGCUGGAGUCCACAGAGCACUUUAUGCCACGGCUGCAGGAGCUGCAUGCUCUGUAUCCGGAUCGUGUCAAAGUGCGCCAAGGCGACUUUGUCAGCCUCUGGAAGUUGGCUUUUAUGGACAAAAUGGACAGUGGCAUGAGAGUGGCGGAUUUGCUGUACGAGAUGCCACAGAAAGGAUUCACUGAAGAUAUUAAUGCCCUGGUUUUAGGUGCCGUUGGUUCCUAUCCGUUCUUCAUGCAUCUGAUCAACUCUUUGAUCUUCCAGACGAGUCUUUAUAACUUGGGACGCUGUGAAAUGAUUCUCGCCGUGCCGCCACCAAUUUAUAUACACUUGACAUGCUCCAAUGACAUAGGUUAUCUGAUCUAUCGCUCCACCUCGGUGCUGUUUCAAAUACUAUUCGAGCAUCGUUAUAUUGCCAAAGUGCCUCGUGAACAUUUUCUACCCCAGCAAGCCAAACACACGCCGUCCAAAAGCAGCAAAUUGCGCAAGGUCAAGUCCAUCAAUCCGGAGUACUUGUAUCUGGUGAAGUUUCAACCUCGACGCAAUCUGCAUGAGCUUUGUGCAGUACAGGAUUUGCCUGCCUUGUGGUUCUUCAUUAAGCAGAACUUAGUGAGUCGUCGCAAUCGGAUUAUACCCAAUUUAGAAAAAUGGGUGCCUGGCUGUGGUCCGCGAUUGAUAAUCAAUCAAAGCGCUUCGACGCCUGUUGAGCCCCUUUAUGCCGAUGAGAAUUUGCCUCCUUACUCCAUGCCCAGCACCACAAUGAGCACCAGCGAUUACUUUCCCAACAUUAACAUUUACACACAGUUUGGCGAUCUCUCGCCCAGCCAAAUGCUAACACUCUUCACACAGUUUCGCCAGUGGCCCGAGUACAGUGAGAGUUCAUUCUUGGCCUCGCUGGAGAAUACGAUGCUCAAGCUGGAAGCGGUGACUGAUGAACCCGGCUUGGAUGAUGGAGUCAAUCUGCCUGAGGAGGAUGAUAUAAGCAGUGAGCAGGCCGAGGAACUGCUCGAAGUUGUGGCCGAAGAAGUGACACCAAAGCCCGCCAAGAGUCGCAAAAAAAGCAAAAAGUCAACAACUGUUUAA